UAGCGGAAGUCAAGGGACCGGGCCCGGGGGACCUGCCACCGCUGCUGUCCGCUCCGCCGUUUGCUCCGAGCCCAGCCCCGUCAGCCUGGCCCAUGGCCACCUACCCUUAUCGAGCGGGGCCCGGGGGCGGCCCUGGCCCCGGCGCCGCUGCUGCCCUCCCGGACCAGAGCUUCUUGUGGAAUGUCUUCCAGCGGGUUGAUAAAGACAGGAGUGGCGUAAUAUCUGACAAUGAACUUCAACAGGCACUGUCCAAUGGCACAUGGACUCCCUUUAAUCCAGUAACUGUCAGGUCAAUCAUAUCCAUGUUUGACCGAGAAAAUAAAGCUGGAGUGAACUUCAGUGAAUUCACCGGAGUCUGGAAAUAUAUCACAGAUUGGCAGACUGUCUUUCGAACAUACGAUAGAGACAAUUCUGGGAUGAUUGACAAAAAUGAACUAAAGCAAGCAUUAUCAGACGACAGGUGUGACCUGGCCUUGCAAAGAUUCGAACAAGACUCAAAGUCAAAUGCAGAUGUUUUGGUACCUGGAUUUUGUCUUCUGAAUCUGUAAGAAGUUGACGGUAAUGCCCAUCAUGGGGGCCGGACAGUACAGAAGUAGGGGCAGCUCAGCUGAGAUUGACUCCUGGCUUCACCCAGUAGAUUUCUCGAGGCAGAACAUAGCCAGCACCAUUUUAGCUAGUAAACUUUGCUCCAGCUAAGUUUUCUAUAGCUCUUUGCUGGCUACUUGUUCUAAAUGGGAACGCAAAAAACUUAAAGAUAAUAAUUCUAAGGGGCCUGGGUUGGUGACCCUCCCAGCUGGAAUUUGCCAUUUUUGUGAAUUUACUUUUUUUCCAUCUAUUCAAAUUCCCACUUACUCAACUUUAAAAAAAGGGAAUCCCUUUAUUCAACUUCCUGACUGGGAGUUUGAGUUGCAUGUGUGUGUGUGUGUGUGUGUGUAGCUAGGUGGUGAAGCGCUCAUACUAAAGGGAUCAUCAGAGGGAGGGAUUCUAUUCCCCAGGUAGCAUUAAAUGUAGCCAGUCACUGGUGGAUGAGAUGUUUCUUGCCCAAGGGCUCCAUCCAAUGCAUAGAGCAAUUAAUUGGCACCAGAUUUAAGUCACCAAGUAUUUGCCUAGCUGCAUUAUAUACACAGAAGAUAUCAUCUGGGAUCUUGCUCUGUUCUUCCACUCUCUCUCUCUCCAUGUCUUUGUAGGUGUGGUUCCCCCUAAUUUUUUUUCUUGUCCUGACUAGUUUCUGUUUCUUUGUGAGCGUUGUUUUUGAUUGGUUGUCUCUCGACUUUUUUUUUCCCCCUGCGUCUUCCUCACUUCCAUACAGGGGCAACUCAUUGCUCCUGGUCCUUAAGCAGCCUGAACAAUUAGGAAACUGGAGCAGUUGCCCAGCAUCCACCAGGUCAGGCGCCGAACCCUCCCUUUCUACUUGGACUUUCUUUUGGUUGCCCCCUCACAGUUUGCUUCUCUUUCCUUCGCUUUGUUAUUCCUUUCUGACUCCCCCUGAAACCUGGCCUGACCUGCCACCUUCCCACUUUCUAGGCUCUGCCCUUGAUGGCUAAGGGCCUCCCUUAAGGUUGGUAUGUGGAGUUUUUUUUCUGGAUGUUUUUAGCUCAUACUUAAAGAGUAGGUCUUUUUCCUCUUUCCCUGCCCUGUUUGCCUCAAACUUUCUUUUUUCUCUCUGCCCGUUCCCAGAGUUCCCUGCCCUGAAAGGUUCCCCCAUGCUGUUGAGAGGCAUCUGAACAGAGAGUAAGUUCUGAGUUAAAUUAGACCUCUCUGUAGAGUGACUUUGCAAAGGGGUCUGCUAGGGUCACUGUCAGCAUAGCAUAGUCAUCAUGGCUGGAGCUCCUGGCCUGUUGGUCAAUGCCCCCUUGCAAGCCAUCAUGAUACUGUCACUCAGGAUUAAAUGGAGACAGUCUGAUAUUCAUAGAUAGGCCUGGGGGCAAGAGCUAGAAGUACUUUAAUCGAAAAAGACCCUUCAGGAGGUGCCGAGCCUCCUGCUGGAUCUAGCAGUAUCUCCCUCAACAUGCAACAUGUUUGAUUGCCUCAUAAAACGUGUGCUGCUGGAAACUGGUUUCCGUGUGAAAACUAAAUGACUUAAAGGCACACACCUUGCUUCCUGCCUCAGUGUUUAUUUGGUUUUUCCUUCU